AUGUGGGUCUCGAGUGCUCGUGCGGCUGUGCGAUGUGCGCAGCGUCAGUGCCGCCAGCCACAACGAUGCAGUUUCGUUUUGCCGCAGAUUAACACAUACAGGAGCUACAAGACUAUUGCUACGCCUAACGCGCCCAGCGCCAUUGGCCCAUACUCGCAAGCCGUAGUACACAACGGCACAGCAUUCGUGUCGGGCUGCAUUCCCUUCGAUCCCAAGAGCAUGCAGUGCGUCGAAGGUGGCGUUGAGGCUCAAGCUCAACGUGCUCUAGACAAUUUGUUCGCUGUGGUUGAAGCUGCGGGCUCCGAUAAGAGUCAUGUGCUCAAGACGACCGUGUUUCUCAAAGACAUGAACGACUUUGCAAAGGUGAACGCUGUCUAUGAAAAAGCCUUUGCUCCCUACAAGCCUGCCCGCUCCGCUGUCGAGGUCGCACGGCUGCCGCGCGAUGUCCUAGUUGAGGUCGAAUGCAUCGCAGCUGUCCGUGAGUGA